GCGCAAGCAUAACGGGGAGCGCAGCGCUGGAACCCCGGGAAAGGACGGUGCUGGAACCGCGUACCGAGCGAAACCCUGGACGGUGGACCGCGUACCUACCGGGCUUUCAGUUUUCCAGCUGUCGUUGGCCAGAGUGCACGUGCGCGCGCCGUUACCGUUCCGACUGCUUUUCUACCGUCAAUCUUGGCAACACUCCUCCCCGGGUACACUUGGGAAAAGCGGGCUGUUUUUCUUGCGUAGCAGUUUGUCGCGACGGAAAGUUGAACGAUCGCUGGAUCGUUUGUGUGGCAGUGCAUCGUUCGGCAGUGUAUGGUUUGGAUUUGCACGUUUGGACGUAUGGAUUAGGAAUAUUUGUAGUGUCGUUUAUGAACCUUGUUUGGUGCAGUGAAAACAUUAAAGUAAAAUAUCUCGGUGGAUAUAACCUACUCAAAGGCGGAAGCGGAGAAGCGUGCUCAAUCGAAAAGAUUAUAACCGUGUAACACUUUGGAUCGUUUACCAACUGCCCUGUGUUUGCGUGUUAAUUUUUUAAACUGUGCGUUUCCAAUCUUACUGACGAGUGAUUACACCUGAAGCAAGAACGUAGUAGUUACUCACCGUGUGUUGAAAGCGUGCGUUGCGUUUUGAUCAGUGCUUGCUAAAGAGAAUAACAAAUUGGUUUGAAAGCUUAUUAUAAAUCCAGUGAUCAACUAACAGCAGAAAUCCUACCAAACCAAUUCUGUGCAAUUUGGUAGAACGAUUGAAAAUCCUCAACUCUGUUUACUAAACUAAACAAGAACUUGCAGCCAUUUUCCCGAGCCGGUGGACUAUUUGUCUUGGAAAAGUGCUUCCUUCGUCCGAUCUCGGAACGAUCUGUCGCUCUCUGGAAGGGGGAGGCCUGUAAAAACCCGAUUCAAGAUACCGGCUCCAGCAUUAUUAUUCCUCCCGCCCAACCAACGUGAAACAAUGUGGAACUGUUGAGACCGGCCUAAAGUGUCUAAGCGUCACCUUUCAACCUCCGUUCCCUUUCGUUUUUGUGCUGCAAAACUGCACCCCAUAAAAGACGCCCCCUGCCGUGGUUCGUGCGACCCCCUGUGUGGCGAAUAUAAUUACCGACUCGUGAAAAGUGUCACUCCGGGUUGCGCAUCGCCCAUCCGAGCAUCCGAUUCCGCAUCCAGGUGCAAAAUGGUGACCUGUCAAAAGUGGUUGGUGCUGGCGGUAAGCUUGCAGCUGCUAGCGCUGGGAACGUGGGCGAUACCAUCGCCCGCCAGCUCGAAGCGGACGGAGGAAGCGGCACCAGCGGCCACCGUGCAGCUGGAUUCGGACACCGGGGACGAUCGUGAGCUGAAGAGCGACGACGACGGGUACGACUUUCUGUCGAUCGAUCAGCUCUUCCUCAACAACCCGCAGUACCGGCAGCUGAUCAGCGAUCUGCAGGCCCACACGUUCGGUAGCAACUGGCGCCGAAAGCGUGAUGUUGCCGAAAACGAACUGCCGGAAGCGUUUCGCAGCGACGAAUCGCUAAGUUCGCCCCGCGCCUCAACCGUACCCUCGACGACGACGACAACGACGACGACGACUACAACGACGGCAAAGUACACGACGAGCGCGGCUGUUGCUUCCAGCACGGCAAACGAACCGCUCGUGACCGAUGUCGGCUCCAACCGGGACAUGGCAGCAGCUUCAUCCACCGCUUCCGAAAUGCCGAAAGCGGCCGCCCUCACAAGCACACCGGCAAAAUCCAAGGAAUCGCCCAAGGAGGCAACAAAACCGUCCACGGCCAGUUCGACCGCGGGAACUAGCACCACUGCAGGCACCACCACCACCACCACCACCGCAGCAUCCUCCUCCGUCACGUCAACGUCCGUGCGGGGAAGCUCGACCGUUGCUACCAGCGCCUCAUACGGUUCGUCCGGUUCCACGGAGGCUCCCGUCGCCCGCAAUGCCACGCUGGAAAUGACGACGGCGGCAGCCCCGAUCCGUGCCAGCACUCCGCGACGUCUGUCGCACAAAAACAGCUCGAACAAAAACAAGAACAAGCUUACGGCCGCCAUGGCUGCGGCUGCCCAGGCCAACAAACCGACGGGCAGCUCGGGCGGCCCCGGACCGAGCACGGUCAACGUGAACAAGGUCAGUGUCAGCAGCAACGCGGUGGCAAGCAGCAGCAAUCAGCUGCCCCAGCAGACCCCACCAGCUGUAACGAUUCCGGCAACGGAAAAUGGUACCGCGUCCGGACCGGCCGGCAACAAUAAAGAUAAGACUGGCCUCGCACCCACCAAGUACCAUUAUUACCCACACAAUCAGCAUAUCUACUUCCUGCCCGAGUGCGCCAUCCAGCAGGUCUGCAAUGCUGUCUACGUGCGUCUGAACUACACCCAGCCACUGUGUGCCUGCCCGCCGAGAUACCGCGAUCCGUGCUCGGCUAGUCUGAACGAGGACGACAACCACACGAUCAAGCUGGUGGGCAAUCAGCAGAAGCGCGCCAUUACGCUGGCGAAGACGUGCGAAAACACGAACGAGCUGCGGGACUGCCGCGCCCCGAAGGACUGGUCCAUCCUAGCGCUCCAGAACACCCGGACGGGCAAGUCGCACUAUCUGGUGAUCUGCAAGUGUCCGCCCCACUAUCGGCUCGAGGGACCGCUGGCGCACGAUCAGCCAACGUACGCCGGGCUGCCCGGUAUCAACGUGUACGGUAUGCUGUGCGUACCGCCGGAAACCUCCAGCUACUACGCCUCGAAGCCGGCGAAGACGCCCGCCAGCAGCACGUACAACAAGUGGAAGGUGCCGUCGCGGCAGCCCGUCUCGUCGUACCGUGCGAACUCUGCCGCCAUCACGGCCGCCACCGAGGACACGCAGACCGAGUCGGUAUCGUUCCGGACGUACCAGAACACCACGGACGGCACAGUGGGCAGCGAAAAUUAAGGGCCAGAGAAUGUUACAACCCGUCAGCAGACAAACACACACACAAAACGACAAAAAAAAACCCUCAUGGGGAAGACGACCACCCUUGUCCGCUUUUAGGGAAGCUAUAGUAAGGGGGUAGCGGAUACACAGGCGACUGUCCAUUCCUUCCAUAUGUUUUCCCCCCCCUUUCUCCAUUAUGAUCAUCCACCUGCAUUAGUUGUAAUACCUUCAUAUACUUUACAUGUAGCUCGCUCCCCACGAAACUGGCCAGCCUGGUUGGGCGGCCCUGGGUUUCGGACCCGCGCUCCCUUUAUUUAUUUAUUGAUCAAUACGAUUACUAGCUGUACGGAUAUUCCACGUGUCUGCGGCCACGUCCAGUAGUGUUACAAACCUAGCCGCACUUUUAAUCCGCGCAAAUCGCCAAGCCGCUACAUACGAAAACAGUUACACAUCGGGCGCAUAAAACGGUUCCGGAUCGCGACCACGCACCGGGCCGACGCCAUCCGGGAAUCGUUUUAUC